AUGCGCUCUGCUGCGGCUCCUUCGUUAAAGGCGACUUCGUCGUCGUCGUCGUCGUCAUCGAGAAGACCUUCACGACGAGAACGACGACGACGUGCCGUUGCUGUCGCGUCGACGAACGAAACCGAAACAAAAGAAGAAGACCAAACGAAACGAAUUGCAAUCGUGUUUGGAGCGACUGGUGGCGUCGGACAACUCGUCUGCGCGAAACUCCUCCUCGACGAGAACAGAAGAUACGACGUCGUCCACGCGAUGUGCCGAAAUAAAGAGACGGGCGAGGCUAAACUUAAGACGAAAAACAACGCUUCUUCAGCUUCGUCGUCGUCGUCAUCAACAAACGCAAGAUUGCGAGUGACCGAAGUAGACGUCAGAGAGGAAAAGGACGUGGAGAAGGUUUUAGACGCGAUAAUGACGGAAGGAGGAGAAGAAGCGAAAGUGGUGGUGGAUAUCGUGUGCUGUUUAGGAACGACGGCGUUCCCGUCGCAGCGGUGGAAAGAGAACAACGGGCCGGAACAGACGGACGAUAUUGCGACCGCGAACGUCAUCCGCGCGGCGCGGAAGAUUUGCUUUAAUGAAAGGAAUACGAGUGAUACGAAUAACAACAAUGACAAGAGCAGGUUCGUGUUGAUCUCCUCGGUUGGGGUGACGAGAACGGAUUCAAUGCCGUACGUCAUCUUGAACUUAUUCGGCGUUUUGAAAUAUAAGCGGAAAUCGGAGAAAUAUUUAGAACAGACGCAGAAAGAAAACGACGAUACGUUCGAUUACACCAUCGUCCGCCCGGGACGACUCACCGACGGUCCGUACACGUCGUACGAUUUGAACACGCUCUUAAAAGCCACAAGCUCGGAACGACGUCAGGUGGAAAUCAAACUCGGAGACGACUUCGACCCGCAAGAAACGAGUCGAAUCGCGGUUGCCGAUUGCGUCGCGUUUAGCUUGGCGAGCGAUUUGGCGAGAAACAAAGCGUUCGUCAUCGGGACGAAAGAAGGCGACGGCGGGCCCGAGCGAGAUGGAAAGAAUUCCUCCUUCUUCGCGUCCUGUUCUUUUGCCGCAAAAAAGUCUUCCCCGUCGGGAAAAUCAUCAUCAAAAUGUUCACUCAAAGUCCACGCCUUUCAACUCGGCUCGGUGGACCAAGACGAAUUGAACGCCCCCAAAAUCGACAUAUCCUUAACACGGGUAAAAAAAGGCGUUAAAAUCGGCGAAGGCGCGUUCGGGUCGGUGUUUUUAGGCGAGUUGAAAGAUGAAACAAAGAAAGGAGGGAAAACGACCACCACUCGAGUGGUUCUGAAAUCGAUGAACAAAAAAAUGGGGCGAGACGUGGAUUCCUUCUACCAGGACGAGCUGAACGUGCUGAACCGAUUGAAAAACAACGACGGCGCGGCACCUUUUAUAGGCGUCGCCGGGGCGAACGUGUACUUAGUGUUCGGGUACCAAGGGUCGACGACGUUGGAGACGUGUUUAAGAAAAGGCGAGAACGGGUGCUUCGAAGAGGUGAAAAGGGCGAUGGGAGAACCGAAAGCGACGGACGCGGAGAUUUUGAAGUUGGGCGCGAAGACUUUGUUAGAGUCGGUGGGUAAAGUGAACGCGGCGAGUAUUAUUCACAGGGACGUGAAACCGGCGAAUAUUUUAAUCGCGGAGGAGAGUUACGGGAAAUCUUCGGCGAAGAGGUUCGUCAUGAUCGACGCCGGCGCGGCGUGCGAUUUGAAAAUCGGCAAGAAGAGAAUCCUCGAGAGCGGGGCGAUAUUCGACCCGACCUACGGCGCUCCCGAACAGUUCGAAACCACCGGGUCUGGCUACGGUUUUGGUGGCAUGACCAAAAACUUGCUCGGCGUAAACUUCGGCGCGAAAAUCUCCUCCACCGGCGAAGUCCCGACGGAAAAAUUCGACAGCUACUCGUGCGGCAUGACCCUCUUACGCUUCGCCGUACCGCAACUCUACAGCGAAACAAGCAUGAGCUCCAUGCGAACGAGUUUAAUCCAAACCUACGGAAACGAUUUGAGAAAAUGGAGAGAGGAUGGUGCUCCAGUCAAAGGCGCUCUGUUCACCCAAACCUCUUGCGAUUUCGCCGUCUUGGACGAAGCGAACAUGUGGGACGUCGUCUGCGAUUUGUGCGAGAACGAUCCCAGGAAACGAAUAAACGUCAAACAAGCCGCGAAAAGAAUUAAAUAA